UUGUGCCUUUUCAAUAGAGCCGUUAGAAUCUGUUCUGCGGAUACGAUCUAUGAGGAGAUAAGUUUUCUCAAGAAAGUGUUACUUGGAAACGAUUAUUCUGAGAAAUUCAUUGAUAAGCAUCAAAACCGCAAACCUCCUGAAAUAUCAGCGCCAAAAAGGCCGGUGAGCAUUUUCCUCCCUUUCAAGGGUGAUAAUGUCUCCAGCGUGAUAAAACGGAGGCUUCGAUGCACAAUUGAAGAACUUAUCCCGCCGCUUAAUUGUUGUACGAACGAUAACGCUUGUCUGCUCAGGCCCAAAUGCGAAGAGAGUCCGCACAAAGUCUACCCACACAGCUCAUUGAUUUCGUACCACAAUUACACCGGUGCUAGUACCUCCUUCUUCGACUCCGCUUUCGAGGAUUCUGAUGGAAGAAGUGCCGUCGACAAAGAAACAGAGGCUGCAACUAAUAAACUUCUAGCCGAUUCAGCUGAGGGGAGCUUCUUCAGUGAUUACUCGCAACAGGGUGUUGCUUCUACUGUCCCAAUGACCAGCUUUUCUGGACCCUCGACUGUUCUGCGCCUUAAAGAAAGCAGUCCACAGUCCUCAAAACUCCUGCCUAUCGACAACUGCUUAACGCUGACGUCGACCCCCAUCCAGGCGUCACAGUCAUCAAAAUUGCGCAGGUCGGCCAGGCCGCUGAAUCCAUUGGCUGUGCAGGUAAUGGAGGCGUGGUACUCGGUACACCAAGAGUAUCCCUACCCCAGCCAAAACGACAAACAGAUGCUAGCGAGAGCUGGCGACAUUUCGACUCAGCAAGUUUCCUCAUGGUUUGCCAAUCGUCGCAGUCGCAGACAAAAUACCCGACCAAAACAAAAAAUACGCAAAGUUCGAGAGAGCAUCCAAGCCGCCUGUUUGGACAUUGAACAGGCGUCAAACGGUCUCGUGAAAGCCGAGGACAUCUCUGCGCGCCUUCUCGCCCUUAUUGAUGAAUUCUACCAUUCCAGCUGA